AUGCUUGCUCGCCACCCCCUUCUUGCGGUAUACCUCGUUUCGUUGCUUCGGUCGGCGUAUGGACAGUCGCCUGGCGCUUUCUCUGAUGGCGGUAACUCUCUGGUCAGCGCUAUGAUGUUGUUUGUAGGGAACGAAGAGAAUGUAUAUAUUCUAGACAAGGCCGAAGGGAACAAAGCUCAGGUAAAUAACCAUCCUGCUUGGGGUGCAGUAUGGAACUUCCAUACUCACCAGACCGAAGUGAUGGAUGUCAAAACCAACGUAUUUUGUGCAUCUGGUAUGCACCUACCGAAUGGCUCAUAUGUAACAUUCGGGGGAAAUGGCGCGGUGGGGCCUGGAGGAAACAUUGGGUCUGUGCCAAACAACCACGGCUCGGCGGACUUUGACGAAACAUACCAAAACUUCGACGGAGGGAGAUCUAUCCGCGUCCUAAACCCGUGUACCAGCUCGGAUGACUUUGCAUCUUCUCAGUGUCAGUGGUUCGAUGAUCCUGCGGUGCUUUCAAUGCAAAGAACCCGUUGGUAUUCAGCUGCAGAACCUCUCGCUGACGGAACAAUCGUUCUUAUUGGCGGCUUCGUCAACGGUGGAUAUAUAAAUCGAAAUUAUCCCAAUCGCGAUCCAGAGUUUGAAGGUGGCGCUGCUGACUCUACCUACGAAUUCUUCCCUGCAAACGGCCGUGCUCCUCAGACUAUGCAAUUCAUGAUCCAUACCUCUGGCCUCAACUCCUACGCCCAUACCUUCCUAAUGCCUUCAGGGAGGAUGUUUGUCCAGGCUAACUACUCAACAAUCCUGUGGGAUUACAACAACAAUGUCGAGACGCCUCUACCCGACAUGCCUGGAAAUGUCGUUCGAGUAUACCCAGCUUCCGGCGCGGUUGCCAUGCUCCCUCUGACUCCCGCUAACAACUACAAUCCUACAAUCCUCUUCUGCGGCGGUUCUGAUAUGCCAGACGAAGCAUGGGGGAACUAUUCCUAUCCCGCCGUAAACACAUGGGAAAUCGCUGCUUCCAGAGACUGCCAACGUAUCACACCCGAACCCACUGAUGGUACUACGCCAGCAUACAACAAAGACGAUGACUUGCCAGUCGGGCGAACUAUGGGUCAAUUCAUCAUUCUACCAGAUGGAAAGUUACUAGUGGUCAAUGGGGGCGAAAAGGGUACAGCGGGUUACUCUGAGGCUACAAACCUCACUCCCAUAGGAUCGAUGCCCUUUGGCAUGUCCCUCGCUGCCGAUCCCGUGCUCAAACCCGCCAUUUACGACCCUAAUGCUCCCGAGGGCAAGAGGUGGUCCGAUGCUGGCCUUUCGGCGUCACAAAUUCCUCGACUGUAUCACUCCUCCGCUAUUCUGCUCCCAGACGCGUCCGUUAUGGUUGCUGGAUCGAACCCCAACGUCGAUGUCAAUACAACCACAGUAUUUCCAACUGAAUACAGGAUCGAGAUAUUCUACCCUCCCUAUUUCGCUGCCACAACGCGUCCCGUUCCUUCUGGAGUACCAAAGACGUUAUCAUAUGGCGGAAACCCUUUUGACAUCACCGUUCCAGCGAGUUCGUAUUCUGGGUCUGCGAACGAUGCGGCCGAGAAUACCACGGUGGUACUUAUUCGUGGUGGAUUUACUACUCAUGCGAUGAAUAUGGGCCAGCGAUAUCUCCAGCUCAACAAUACGUACACUGUGAAGAGCGAUGGAUCGAUCACCUUGCACGUAGCUCAGGCGCCGCCGAACCCCAACAUCUUCCAACCUGGACCCGCGUUCCUCUUCGUCACGAUCAACGGAAUUCCAAGCAACGGUACUCUUUUAAUCUUGGGUAAUGGCCAGCUGGGAAAGCAGCCGACCUCUGAUGCUAGUGCACUCCCCCCAAGCAUACGGUUAGAUAGUGCAGCCGGUAAUGGUGACGGUUCAUCAAGUGCUGGUACCGAUCACGGCAGCGACAAUUCGGGUGGCACGGGCGUGAGCACGGGCGCCAUCGUAGGCGGAAUAGUUGGUGCUAUCGCUAUAGUUGGAAUAAUCGGCGCUCUCAUUGGAAUAUUCAUCGCACGGAGACGACGAGCCGCUACCCACGCAGCAGAGACCUCGUUUAUGAUGAGUCCCACGGCGGGCACCGCUGGCCCUCGCGGAAUGCGUAGCUCUGAUUCUAGUGCAUUCGUUCCUUUGCAACAAGACAAUCAUAGUCAGGCAUGGAACGUUAGCACCGCAAGUUUGAAUACCCCGUAUAGAGACGACAUGCCAAUACCAGACCCCCUUGCAAGAGGAAGCUCGUCUGGGACAAGCAUGGAUUACGACCCCUACGCGGCCACUCCGCCGAAACUCGUUUCUCCCAAAAUACCCAGAUACUAG